UUCUAUUUUCUGAAAGUAUUUAAACUACUAAAACAAUUUGAAGGAGUAAACAAGUUAAAUACUAUUAAAAAUCUAAAAGUUUGAAACAAGAAAAUAGAAGAACUAUAACAAGGAAUUAAACAAAUAAUUGAGUAAACAAGACUAAAAUUAAAACAAAUAAAAAAUUAUACAACCCUACUGUAGUUGUCGUUUGUAGAUGAUGUAGAGAUGCUUGAGGCUUCACCCUUUCAGCCUCCCAUUCUUACGCUAUAGAAGUCACCAAAAUCUAAAUCGGUUGCAGAACUUUUUCAACUCCAAACAACCAGACUCCAUCCCUUGCUAAUUGCUCUUGCGUUCAGAUUUGGGUUUUGACAAUUUGGCCGGAUAACAUCGAUAAAUGAAGCAUGCGGCUCUGCCCACAAGUCAACACGUGCCGCGAUGUCGUUUUAUUUUUUAGAGACACUUAUCCAAACGGCGUCGUUGGGAUUAAGUAAAUAAAAAACAAAAGAUUUUCUCAGCCAAAGCCCGCAGAGUUCCACCGGCGACGGAAAAACAGAGGGACAAGAACAAGAAGAACAGGGGCGGCUAUGGAACAUAUACAUAUAUAUACUCUACUAUUUCCGGCGAAGGGGUGGCGCCAGCAUCGGCUAGCACCCCCGGUUCCGCCACUGCUGAGACAUGUGGGAAAUGCUACCUCCAACAUGGAUUAUAAGGGUACUUGUUAUUCUUAUGUCAAUUUUUUUUUUGGAAAAUUUAACACUAAUAAUCCAACCUUUACCCGGUCUUCCCAAAACGGUCCCAAUUAUUAAUAAUCCAAGAAAAAUCCAACCUUUGUAUUCUCUCUGCCCUAAAUAGUCCGUGUGACCUCUAACCGGCUAAAAAGGUAAAACUUUUAACGCCAACACACAUACCAAGCUACGGAAAUACCUGUCUACGGAAACAAAGAAAAAACCUUCAACCAAUACUUGUCUACGGAAGUCUCUCUACAGAGUAAUAAGAAAAGUUGAAAGUUUCAGAACGGGAAGAUGGAUAGAAUUGAUGACUGAGUUUUACUGGUGCGGCUGCGUUGAGAAUAGAUGGCUGCAAUGGACCGUGUAAGCUUGAUAUUCUGGCAUGGAGGUUUGUUUAUGAAGAAAAAUGAUAAAUUGCUUUAUUUGAAUGGUGAGUGUAAGUCUUUUGACAUUGAUCCCGAUGAAUUGUGUUGGUUUUGGUUGGAGGAGUUGGCAAAAAAAUGUGGUAGUUACACCCGCAUUGAAGAAAUUUAUUAUUUGGUUCCUGGUCUCCCCUUAGAUAACGGGUUAAGGAGAGUAUAUAAUGAUAGAGAGGUACUAGAAAUGAGUGAGAUAGUGCUGAAAGCUAGGUCACUAGAUCUGUAUGUAGUGCAUGGGCUUGAUCAGGCAGAACAAGUGAUUAUGUUACCUUCAACUCCAAACACAAAAACUUCUAUAGAAUCCGCAAAUGAAAACCAACUGGAUGGUUGCAAUGUUGUAGAUCAUGAGGUACAGACAGAUAUUGAUGAUGAUGAAGCUGAAUUAGAAGGUGAAGCUGAAGACUGCUAUGAUGAUGAAGCAGAAGUUAGUGAUGACGAAUACAGAACUGCAAAGAACAGAGUCAAAGAAUGCAAUAAUAAGUUGUUUGAAAUUGCAAAACAACUUCAAAAAGAAGCGGAGGAAGGUAUUCUUGAAGGUCAGAGAACCAAUGUGAAUAAUUUGGAAAGUUGUUUGAGUGAGUAUGAGGACACUGAGGAAGAAAUUGACACUCCACCGGAUAGUGCUGAAGAAGCCUUAACGGAUAACAGAAACCAUAAAAAAAAUGAUACUUUUGUCGAUUCAAAUACUGACUUCUCAACGUUUGAGUGGAAGGUGGGCCAAAGAUUUGCUACUCGGGAGGACUUUAAGAGGGCUGUAGCUAAGUUUGCUAUUCUACAAGGUCGCAAUUUGAGCUUUGCUAUGAGUAAUAAAAAAAGACAACAAAGGUUGGGGGUAAAAUGUGUAGAUGGUUGUCCAUUUAGGUUGUAUUCUUCUUGGGAUUCUAGAAGAGCUACAUUUGUGGUAAAAACAGUAGUAGGGAAACACAAUUGCCAUAGAAAUAUGAAAAGAAACAAACAGUUGAAGUCUACAUGGGUUGCAAGGCAGUUUCUUGAUGUGUUUAAAGCAAGACCCCAUUGGCCGGCUAAAGAGAUUAUUGAGACAGUGAAGAGAGCAUACAAAGUAAUUAUUUCAAGAGGCUUUGCAUAUAAAGUCAAAUAUCGUUCCCAUAAAAUGCUCCAUGGGUCUAUGGAGGAUCACUACAAAAAAGUUGGGCGAUAUUUAAGAGCCCUGAAGAAUUCCAGUCCUGGGACUGAAUUAGUAUUGGUCACCGAUGUUAAUAACGAGCUUUGUCGCCCGGUUUUUCAAAGGCUGUUCACAUGCUUUGAGGGGCUUCAAAAAGGGUGGAAGGAAGGGUGUAGGAAGGUGAUAUGUGUGGAUGCAUGCUUCCUAAAAACUUUUCUUGGUGGGCAGCUCUUAUGUGCUAUCGGAAGAGAUGGUAACGACCAAAUAUAUCCCAUUGCAUGGGCAGCCGUAGAAGGUGAAAACAACCGGUCAUGGGAAUGGUUUUUCAAGCUACUCCAAAAGUGUCUCGACUUGGAAGAAGGAGCAGACUUAGCUAUUAUUUCAGACGAGCAUCAGGUAAGAAAAUAAUAAGAAAAAUAUAAAAACUUAAACCAUGUUGAUAGAGGCAGUGAUAGUGUACCCAAUAGUAACCCCUAUGAGAUUUGUAUAUUGUGCCAGCCCAAAGAACUCUAUUAACAUGUCUGACCUCUGAAAUGCAGUUGGGAAUCUGAGCAAUUUAAUUGAAUCUUUUUCCUACAAUAAUGAAUUCCAUCUGGGGGAUUGGGUUUUCAAUAAAAAAAUAAAACUGAACUCUUUAUCUUUAACUCGAAUUACUGGUACUUAUUUUUGUGUAUUAUAACACUUCAAGUCAGUAAAACAAAUUAAAGUGAUUUCCUUGUGUUUUUUUUAACAAUUUAAAUGAGUAUACAUGCAUAGCUAGUUUACCACUCUCACAGACUAUACAUACUUAGUUUGUGUUUUCUCUUUACUUUUAUAAAAGUUUUAAGUCAUUAUUACUCUAUUUCUUUUAUAAAAGUUUUAAGUCAUAAGUUUUAAGUCAUUAUGAGUACUGCAUUUUUUUAUUUCUCAUUCAUAAUACCAGUUUCAAGAAAUAUGAAUACAUGUUUGGAAUUUGUAGGCUAUCUUGAAUGCGGUUUCCAAAGUGCUUCCUCUAGCUGAGCAUAGACACUGUGCGAGGCAUAUUUUUGUGAUAUCAUUACUUAGGAUUUGGGCACCAUUGCUGUUUGUUAUAUGAUGUUUAAGUAGAUGAUUUUGUGCUUCAUGGGUUUGUAAUAUUUUGCACCAUUCUGACGAUCUGGUAAUACAUACCACAUGCAUUUUGGGUUAUUUUGUUGUGGUUUAACACUAAAGUGUGGUUGUAAUUUUUGGCCAGUUUAUGUAUUUACCAGUUUACCACAUCUUGUUAUCAAGCUAUAUUGUUCUCUUU